AUGUCGAACCUCAUUCCAGAUGAUGUGGAGCAGAUGCACUCGGUGAAGAUCGACUAUGUGUCCACCCGCGUCGAGAAAGAAGACCUGGAGAAGCUCUUUGGCAAGUACGGCCGGGUCGGAGACGUGUAUUUACCGAGCCAUCCCAAUGGUGACCGAAAAGGUUUCGCAUUCGUCCGAUAUUACAAGAAACAGGAUGCGGAGGAUGCCGUGAGGGAGCUGGAAGGCUACGAGCUCGAAGGAAAGACGCUGAAAUGCAUGCUGGCAACGGUCGAUUCAACCCCAACGUGCGCAGCAAACCCGCGCGCUCCAGGCAGCUCGCAAGUGCACAAUCUCCGAGAAGGUGACUUUCUUUUGAGACUGGCGUUUCUUCUGGAGCUCUUCUUCUGCUUCUUGAUGUUCUUUAUAUGUCUUGUUAUUCUUGUUGCAGUGGUCGCUUCUGUGUUGCCCUGUUCGCGGUUGUUCGCGGUUACCAUUGUCGUCGUGGUCGUGUUUUCGUCGUCGUGGUGGUGGUGGUGGUGGGAGUAG